AUGGGAGUUAACUGGAAAUUCAUUCCGAGGGCAGCUCCAUGGUAUGGAGGCUUUUGGGAGCGACUCAUCGGAAUUACCAAAACAACACUGAAGAAAAUAAUCGGCCGUUCAUACAUCGAUUUAGAAACUCUACAAACUGUAGUAACAGAGGUUGAGGCGAUAGUUAAUGACCGUCCGUUAACAUACGUUUCAUCGAACCUGGAGGAUCCAGAGCCACUAACGCCAUCACAUCUACUGUACGGAAGAAGACUGACGUCCUUGCCAUAUCCGACAGAGGACCAAGAGAAUUCAAGCGAUUGUCACCCAUUGACUUGCCGUCGUCUAAACCAACGUCUGGAUAAUCAGAGUACUAUCUUAAAUCACUUUUGGAUCCGCUGGAAGAGAGAAUAUUUAACAUCACUCAGAGAGUACCAUACAGCAAAUGGAAGCAGGUCGCAGAAAAUUAAAGUCGGUGAUAUUGUCCAAAUCCAUGAGGAGAAACCUCGGAUCAUGUGGAAACUAGCUGUCGUGGAGGAACUCAUACAGGGGAGAGACGGAUUCGUUAGAGCUGCCACUUUACGGACCAAAAAUGGACUUACCAACAGACCAAUUGUGAAACUAUAUCCAAUCGAAGUGAAUGAGAACGAACUUAAAAUACUAUCUUCUGAUCGAGUGUCAAAAACAAAAGCCAAAGAAAGAAUCCGUGAAUGGACCUCUUAA